AUACCCUGAGUCCAUGCGGACAUAUGACUCUCUGAGCCUGUUCCCGCAACGAACUGACAAACAUGUCUCGCGUUCCUGGGCUUUUACUGCGAGCGUCUAGCGGGUUAAGUGGCACUGUAUUCUCUGCGUCGUCUGCGCCAGGCUUGCUCGCCACGGCAGUGGGGCGGUUGACUGUCGCAGGAGCGGAAGACUUGGUUACGCCUGCGUUGCCUCCCUCCCCAACACCACCCAACGCAUGGCCCCUGCAACGGCCGCGCUGCUUUACCAGCAGCACACACAGCUGCAGCAGCGGUAGCAGCAGCGGCAGAGACAGCAACCCCAGCGCCGCUGCUGCCAGCUCCGGCAACAGCCCCACCACCACCAGCAGCAGCAGUAGCUCCUCCGAUGGCCGCGAGGAACUGUUCGUAGGUGGCUACACCCCCAUCACCAAGAAGCUGUGGACGGAGCGGCGGCGACAGGCGCAGAGCGCGGCCUCCGCCGCCCCUGGAGCGGCACCAGCGGAGGCGGCUACGGGCCCCGCCGCGCUGCUGCCGGACGGGCGGCGGGCGCCCCAGGACAUCAGCGUCGUGUACAACUUCAGCUCCGACAAGGCCCUGCUUGACAUGUACCGCAACCCCUGGGGCCACAUGCGUGUGGGGCGGCUGCUUGAGGACCUGGACUCGCUGGCGGGCAACGUGGCCUUCCAGCACUGCUACACCGGCCGCGGCGCCAGCUCCGGCGGCGGCUCGGGGCUGCCGCUGCUGGUGACUGCGGCGGUGGACGAGAUCGCUCUGACCCACCCACUGCUGCUGGCGAGGGAUGUGGUGGUGCGGGGGCAGGUGGUGUGGACGGGGCGCAGCGCUCUGGACAUCCGCAUGCAGCUGUUCCAGGCCCAGCACGAGCCCGCCCCCAGCUUGGAGGCGCUGUUCUCAUUCGUGCACCUGGACCCCGCCACACGCAAGGCCUCGCCUGUGGUCCAGCUGGCUCCGCAGACGCCGGAGCAGCAGGCGGCGUUUGCUGAGCGACAGGCGGUGGCGGACGCACGCAAGGCCGCCAGACAGAAGCAAGGCGGUGGCGACGCGGGGGUGCAGGCGGCGUUGCCGCAGGAGACACGCGAGUGGAUCCGGGACGCUCGCAAGCUACAGGAGCUGCCGGCUCUGGCCGCCGCUGACGGCGUGCUGAUGCCGGCCACCCGCCAGCACAACACCUUCAUCUGCCAGCCGCAGCAGCGCAACACGCACGGCCGCGUGUUUGGCGGCUUCCUUAUGCGGCGGGCCUACGAGCUGGGGUUCGCCACCACCUAUAUGUUCGGAGGCAGCCGGCCCGUGUUCCUCAAGGUUGACGAGAUCACGUUCAGCCGGCCGGUGGACGUGGGCGACCUGCUGCGGCUCACCUCCACGGUGGUGUUCGCGGAGGGCAGACAGCCGCCGGCCCAGGGGGCGGAGCCCAGCAAGGCGCGUGUGGUGGUGGAGGUGGAGGCGCGCGUGACCAAGCCGGAGGCGGUGGAGUCGUUCGUCACCAACACAUUCGUGUUCGUGUUCCAGUUGCUCGUGCAGCCCGGCGGCCGGCCGCUGCGGCGCGUGCUGCCCACGUGCGAUGAGGAGGCGCUGCGGAGCUGGCGGGCAGCCGGGGAGCUGGGCGGCAUGUAAACCUACCUUGUGGGCGUUGCGGUGCGGUGUGGUGCGGUGUGGUGCGGUGGGGUGGACUGGGGACAGGCGAGUUACGUGCAAAGCGGUUACUCCCAGACGUAAGUUUGUCCGGUGCAGACGCGUGGCGACUGGUGAGGGGAGCGCCGUAUUGCGUGCAGAUUACUUACUGGAGUACGGGGUAUAGGCGUGGGGUAUAGUUCCCUUCUCGUGCAGACGUGUGGCGACUGGUGAGGAGGCACCGAAGUGGAGCGCUUGUGCAUGUGUGUGUUGGGAGGGGGAAAGGCAUGUCGGCAGGUGUGGUGAGCUGUUAGAGCCGCGCCCAUGCUCCCAGCUGCUCCCAGUGACCUUCACGGUAUACCCUCAUGCCGGGCGGGUACAUGGGCAUGAGAUGCCCGGCUGCAUUAGCGACUGUGGGACGUGGAGUACCGUACAUGAUUUCGUAUGCGUAGGGCCCACACCGUGUUCCUCUACGAAUUGUGUUACACUGUUACACGGCUGCAAUAGCCGAGCAUUUCGCAUUUCCUCACCCGUCAACUGUGCGGCGCUGCAGUCUGCAGAGUCUUAGCACGACAUCCCUAGUCGG